ACGCCAGGUGGGCCGAUGCGGCGGCGAGAGGCGGGCUACGGUGGCCGGCGGGGGUCAGGGCCAGGGCCAGGGCGGGCGUGGAACGGAGGAUCGGUACUGGCACCUGGAGCAGGCGUGGGGGCCACCAUGGAGUACGUGACCGCAGAGCAGCUGGCCGGCUUCAGCAAGUACAAGUACAGUGCCGUGGACAGCAACCCUCUGUCUCUGUAUGUCAUGCAUCCCUUCUGGAACACGAUAGUGAAGAUCUUCCCUACCUGGCUGGCCCCAAAUUUGAUAACGUUUUCUGGCUUCCUGCUGCUUGUCUUCAACUUCUUCCUCAUGGCAUACUUCGACCCUGACUUUUAUGCUUCUGCUCCUGAUCACCAGCAUGUUCCAAAUGGAGUGUGGGUUGUUGUGGGUCUCCUCAACUUCAUUGCCUAUACUCUGGAUGGUGUUGAUGGGAAGCAGGCUCGCCGGACCAACUCCAGCACGCCCCUGGGAGAGCUCUUUGAUCAUGGCCUGGACAGCUGGGCAUGCGUGUACUUUGUUGUGACAGUCUACUCCACCUUUGGACGGGGCUCCACGGGUGUCAGUGUCUUCGUUCUCUACCUCCUCUUAUGGGUGGUUUUGUUUUCAUUCAUCCUCUCUCACUGGGAGAAGUAUAACACAGGGAUUCUCUUCCUGCCUUGGGGAUAUGACAUCAGCCAGGUGACCAUUUCAAUUGUCUACAUAGUGACAGCCAUUGUGGGAGUUGAGGCCUGGUAUGCACCUUUCCUGUUUAAUUUCUUAUAUAGAGACCUAUUCACUGCAAUGAUUAUUGCUUGUGCACUCACUGUGACGCUGCCGAUGAGCCUGUAUAACUUCUACAAGGCCUAUGAAAACAACACCUUGAAGCACCACUCUGUGUAUGAAAUCAUGCUGCCACUGGUAUCUCCAGUAUUGCUGUUCUUGCUCUGCACCACAUGGGUCUUCAUGUCCCCAACAGACAUCCUCGAGGUCCAGCCCAGGCUCUUCUACUUCAUGGUUGGAACAGCCUUUGCUAACAUUUCUUGCCAACUGAUCGUCUGUCAGAUGAGCAGCACACGCUGCCAGCCUCUGAACUGGAUGCUGCUGCCCAUAGCGGUGGCACUACUCGUGGUGGUGUCCGGGUUUGUGCCCCACAGCGAAACACUUCUCCUCUACGUGUUAACUGCUUUCCUCACCCUGGCGCACAUCCACUACGGGGUAGUCGUGGUGAGCCAGCUGAGCAGGCACUUCAAUAUACGGCCCUUCUCGCUAAAGAAGCCCACGCCAGAUUGACUAGGAGUGGAGGAAGAGAAAAUUGGCUUGCGGUCUGCAGAAGUACUGUAAAUAACUGCUGCAAAUACCUGUAAAUACUUCAACCAUCACCACAGAUCUAAACCUAUCUUCUGGACAGAUAUCAGGGCAAAGUACGCACGGUAUCCGGUGCAGCCAGGGCAGAACUGGUACGGGGCAGCCCCUGCUGCUGUUUGAAUGUGAGCUUUUGGUUUUGGGUGAAACUGGAUGAGGAGGGCAUUUAUUUCAGGUCACUGUUACUGUAUAUUAGACCAGCUGAAUGUUCCCAGUGAAACCUCAAACUCCAGCUCUUGCUCAAGUAAAGCCAGUUGGCGGUGCAAAUGGCUUUAGCUGAGCAAGGAGUCUUGACCUGUCACCAUAACCAACAUAACAGUUGAUUUCUGCAAGGUCAGGGAACAUCCUGGAGGUCAGGGGCAUUCCUGUCUGUCCCUAAUCCUGCCUGGCAGCGUUGUCCUGCACUGGUACUUAGGGAGCAGAUGUUGACUGCUCUCCCAGUCAGCCUGCCCAGUCUCCUGCCUUCCUGCAUUCACCUGUUUGGGCAGAUACUUACACCUGUUUGGUUUUUGUUUUAAGAGGGGGAAAAAAAGAACUACACACAAAACUUUCAGUAACAUUCUGCUUGGAGGGCUUAGAAAGUCAGGGCUUGAUUUCCUGCAAAGGUGGGAAGGUGGCUCCUGCCUCCCCUGCUUGAGUUGCGGCUAGCCUGGGACUGCAUCUUGACCUUGUUUCUGUCUGUCCAUGUGUGUUCCCCACCUGGAAACGGAGUCUGGGCUCCAACUGGCAGCUGCAAGUGGCUUGCACCAGCCUAACACAGAGCUCAUCUCCCCCUUCUGCCUCCCAGUAAGAACUUGGUGUUUCGGGCCAGCUCUGCAGGGUGGCUGCAUGCUGCCAAGCCUGCACCUCUCGCAGCACAUCACCCUUCCCGCCAGCCCUCCAGUGGCCGCAAAUCCACUGCUUAAAGAAGCACCUUAACUGCAGCGUCGUGUUGGUCAUGUGUGCACUUUCAGGGAGCUCACAGGUGCAUGUGUGUGGUGGGAUCCUGUCCAAAUACCGCUUUAUUUUCCAAACCGUUGUCCCCAGUGGCUGCAUGUCUCAUCCAGGGAUGAUUUGUUCACUGUCCAUUUGUAAAAGACAUGUUUGCAUUGAUUUAUUUUUUUAAAUUUGUUUUUUUUUUUCUUUGUGAUUGAGUUAAGAGUGGGGUGGUGAAGAUUGAAUGCUGAUUUUCUUUUCUGUUCACUUUAUUUAAUGAAGACCUGUGCUUGAAUGAAGAGUGUAGCUUAAACCCAGGCUCUGGAAAGGCUGCAUCCGGAAGCGAACAAGCACAACAGAUUGUGCAUAUGUAAUCUACCAUGGGAACAAAGUUGCUUAUACACUGAAAAUUGUGCAGCGUGGCUCCUAGCAGCUUGGUCAUGGCAUUUUCCUUCUGCAGGUGAUGAGUCCUCCUACUUUAGGAAACCUGUAACUAUUAUUUAAUGCUUUUUCUUUGGUAAAUUUGAAUCAUCAUUGUGCAGACUGAGACUUGAAAUCCUGAGGUGAGCUCACACGUUCCCCAUGUGCAUAUGAGCUGCUUGGUUGCUAUGUGUCCUGUGAGGAGCGAGCUGGUGUGACAUGGGAACGUCUGUGUGCUCAUGUGUCUGUCUGGCUGCGGCGUGUCUGGAAAGGGUGGCUGCGCUGGGAGAGGGGUCAAAUGGUUUUCAGAGUUUAUUUAAUAAAGCAGCUUACUCCUAUAUAUUUUACUGAUGUUGUACAGGAAAAAAGAAUCUUAAGUGUACAAAUGAAUUGGGCUGCGCUUGAAUUUUUUACCCUAUUUAAUGAAAUGUGGUUAUGAAGGGAGAUAAAUUCAAGUCAUGCUCGCACAAUAAUUACAGGGAAUCUGAAAAUGGGGCACAGCGUUGAUCUAUGGGACAUCUUCAGGUAGCAAAACUGUGCUGGCGGCACUGACAAAAAAGUGGAAGUUGGAUGAUUUGCUUCCUAGUUAUGUGUUUGCAGGACCAGGGAGUAAUUGGGCUGUUCCCUCAGGCUUUCAGGUGAGCUCUGGGUCCCCAUCCUGGAGCUGGUUUUGUCCUGUCUCCUUCCACCAGCAGUGCUGGGCCCAUAGGACUGGGCCAUGACUGAUGCUAUGAGAGAUUGUAUGAUCUUAAAUCUUAGGAUGUCACUUUGUCCCCCUAACACACUGUCUGUUGUCCUACUGACCUGUGAGCUGCUGCCCUUUUGCAGCAUGUAAUAUACCCUAGAAAACCCCUUUGUGAAGAUACAAACAUGGAAACAGGGCUUCCUCUUUAAAGUCCUGCAAAUACUUGUGCUGUAAGAGAAACUGGAACUGCUUCCUAUCUGCACCAGCUUUAUCGUUGGAGAGUCCUGGAUUAUUGGUGCCUUAAUUUAUUGCACCUUGGAAGUAGAAAAACUGUCUGCUUCAGUCAGUGCUGGAAAGUGGGCUGGCUCGCCUCUAGCGCUACCAGGCUUGUGGCAGAGUGAGGAGAGCUCAGACCUGAUCUCAGUGCACGUAUGACUCUUCCCAGCUCCUGCCGCUGCGAAGCUGGGGGGUUCUGUUUGGGCUAUUGGAAUUGAAAUGAUUCUGAUCCCAGAUUUUGGUAGGGGAAUGGAAGCAAACAGAUUGACCAAACCAUCUUGCCGUGGUGGGGUGUGGCAUGCUGAGAAACAAACUAUUCAUGAAUCAGAAUGGUUUUAAGUCUUAAGAAUAAAUGUAUUCCUUGCUGAGAGCAUCUGGUGGUUAUUGUGCUAGAGUGGAGUGUGCUGGCUAGACUCUGUCAUUGCAGUGGGUUGUGCUUCUGGGGAUGGGACAGGGUUGUGUGCUUGUUCCUCUGCUCCUGCUCAGUAUUUGAGAGCUGAUCUGUGUUGUCUCUGCUUCCAGGGAUAGUGGGUCCUGUUUUCUUUAUAACCCGUGGACCUCCUGGGUUGGUAACAGGACUGUCUUAUGCUUUCCUAAAUCUAUUCUGCACACUUUAUCUCAAUACAGAGUUUGACCAGGAGCAAACCUAUCCAGGGAGGGGUGAAGUCAUUGGAGAUGUCAGUCUCCCGGCGGCUCCUUGUGCUGCGGAGAAAGGUGGCCAGUGCCACCAGCUCCUCCUCAUCCUCACCAGGCUUUGCGCUGAAGCAGAUUUUUGUGGGAAGCUGGGAUGCUCCAAGGUGUCAGUGCAGGACUUGCGCAGCUGAGGCAGAGCAGGAAUCUUGUUUGCAGCCUUUAUCAUCUUGAUCUUGUUUCCUAUCACAGCUCCUGCCUCUGCACCAAUCCAGGGACCCAGUGCAGGAACUCACAAGUGGAACUGGAGUGGAGGGUGAGGUGCAGGUUUUGGGACCCCCUUGGGUUUGGGCCAUCUAAAAGUGAUUUUUACAAGUACAGAUGCUGUGGUUGACCUGCAGGCCUACAAACACGCACUGUGUGCUGAUGGUUUCAGCUCGGUCCUUCCUCUACUGUGUCUGUGCUCCAGUUACCUCCUUUCUUCAGUGGUUGGUCACUGCGGGGGCUUGGCAGAAGCUCUCCUUUCAUAAACAUCAACCACCUGCUAGAGGUGGCUUUCCCAGAGCUGGGGGAGCUCCAUGUUGUAAGCAUGAGUUUCUCAGGCUCUGCAGACACUCAUUUAAGCUCCUUAAAUGGAGCUGGCCCAAUGUUACCUGCCAGGUGCGCUCAAACCUGUAGGUUGAACUUUGGGAGCUGUUCUAAUCUCAGUCAGGUCAGUUCUAGCCAGGCCCUAUAAAUGCAGGACAGGGGCCACGUCUGCAACUCAGCUAUGGGCCUCAGUAUAAGAAGGAGGUGGAGCUGUUGGAGAGAGUCCACUCCAAACUGUCCUGUGAUUUGAUGAUUCUGUGAGCCCUUCAGAGCAUCUUCAAGGGCCCAUGUCCCUGUGGCUGUUCAGUUUUCCUGGGCAGGGUGUGGAAGCAGUUGGUGAUGCUGCCUCGUCCUUCCAGGAGCAAGUUCAGGGGCACCACCUGGACUUGGUCUUCUGUCACCAACCCCCUGUGCAGUGGGGCCAGAGAGCUGAUGCAGCGGCUGCUCUCAGGUUCCCAGCGCUGUGAAAUGAGUCAGUGAAAGACACCUUGGGGCUUGUGGUGGUUUGGUUCUUCCCCUUCCCCGCUGAACCUUCCCAAGGGGCUGCUUUUGGCAGGAGCCUGGAUAUUCUGCUGCAUUCCCCACCAGAGCUGAGUGCACUUGGCCCCUCUGGCUGGGGAUGUCCCAAAACAGGGAUCAGAUGAAGCUGCCGUGGGCCUUGGGACCCCGAUUGCUGUCCUGGAGCCCUGUCUCUGGGAGUUUAGGUACUGCAGUGGGUUUAAAUUCUGGUCUGUUAAAUGCUAUUGCUGAAGUAUUUAUUGUGUUUAAACAAAACUAUCAAAUUCUGUAAAGAAUAAAGUUUCCAAAGCCUUUUAA